AUGGAUCUGCUCUUGCAUGCUUCUUCCAAUGAGGGUCCUACAGGCUCUCAGACGCAGCCGGUCUUCAUAGGCAAGGCAGACGCUCGUCGGCAUGAUACCGCAUCAAAUCUGGCCGAGGCAUCCUUUGAGCAAGUUCUUGAUAUUCUGAAAAACGAGCCCGACUAUGAUACCCUCAUCUCGGCUCUUCAACAUGUCAGGCGUGCCCGGGCCAGUUCUUCCAAGCCUAUGGUUCCCUCUGUUCCAGGCCCGCAGUAUUCUCAGCUCGUUCAGGUGCUUGUCUUGCGCAUCGCUCCAAAUUACUGGCCUCUCCUCAAGACCGAGCCAUCAGCGAAGGGUCUUUUUCUGGAUUGCCUUCGGAGCCUCACUGGGGUCAAUGCCUGUCUAGCGCGCUUGAGAGUGCUGCUACAGGAUGAAAGAGCUGAGGGACCUCGCGCGUCAGGAUCAGAUCCUUCCUUUGACCUUGACAGCCUUCUCGACAUGACCAGCGGCAUUCUGGAAGGAGAAGACGGUUUGCACCAACUUUGGAUUGGCAGUUCAGUCGGCUUCGAAACAGAAUCCAAGAAACGCCCUCUUCAACAAGAAUUUGUCAACAUAGUCGGCGGUGGAAAGAUCAUAUCCUUGGCUGCCGAGGCACAGAACGUGCUCGACAAGAAGGCAACGAGGGAUAGCACUACCAGCUCAUCAUCCUAUUGGAUUGCGAAUGGAAAGCAGUACAGCAUUUGGUUGGCAAUGAACUUGUCGUACUCUGCAAAUCGGUCUCUGCCCGAGGGCGAGUCGCUGCUCCCGCAGCUUCUGGCCAAGUCUUUCCGCCUGGGUUUUCAAGAAGCCGUCAUGGAAACGUUGUUAUCCUCGUUAAUUCUUCGGUCAGAGAGUGGCGCGCACCGGUUCCGUGAUCUUCUUGCGAGCCUGGCACCGCUGGAGAGGAGAAAAGUUGCAUUCGCACUUUUGAGUCUCCUCUCGCGGGAUUACCUGGGCGGAUCCCAAAUGAACGACACGAAAUCUUCUAGAGAAAUGAUAUCGGCAGUUGCCGGUCUCAUCCAUCAGCUCGUUAGCACAGAGGAACUAGUAUCGGAAAUCUUGGAGCACUGGCUCGUGUCGCCGUCAGGGGCCGCGGCUAUGGGCACGGUCGGCAUGCGCCGGGCGGUCCUUGCCGUGGUCGCACAGUACAAGGACAUACUAAUAGGAGUGCUCGAGAAGGUCAUGGACCAGUUCAGCGACCAAUUGUACAUCAAGCACACCCCCGUCCUCCAUCAAGAAGCCCAGGCACAGGUCUUGCUUCUUGCCGCGGGAUACGUCCACAAGCUUGCGCCCCUGAAGCUUGUGAUGCUGAAGCGGUCCACCAACUACCCACGCGGUAUCUCCAACAGGCUUGCUGCCUCGCAAAGCAGGGCUCGCCUCCUGGGUAUGAUUGUUGGCGAGGCACUAUCCUCGCUCACCGAUAAGCCGGAGACACGGCUCGACUUUCACAUGGAGGAGACGUCGACUGAGGAAGCAGAGUGGUAUAAGAGCCUGGUGAUGGCGGCAGACACGGUCGGGUCAAUCGACCCUUUGAGAGCUGCUCAGAAGGUAGUCAAGGUCAUCGCCCCCGCUCCAUCACAAAAGAAACCAGUGUCAGUCCGCAAACCCGCGAGACUCCCUCAAACAACAGGUUUCAUCGUGGAAGAGGUCGACGACAGUGAGGACGAUGGCGACGACCCUGUCCCGUAUGCCAAGCCCGACUCUGACGCCGAAGACUCGGACGAUGAUGAUCCGACCACGAUCAGGCGAGACAAACCCAGGGCGCCCGUGUACAUCAGGUCGCUGAUAGCCUAUUUGCGGGACUCGGAGAACUACGACCACCAGAAACUAGGCAUGGCCACCGCGCCCGUUCUCAUCCGCCGAAAAGCCCAGCAUGGUACAGAGGUCCGAGACCACCUGCAGGAACUCGUGCCCCUUCUCAUCGGCAUUCAAGACAAGUACGACAUAGAGGAGUUCGCAGACCAGAGGCUCCAGAGCCUGAUUGCGCUCUGCGUGGCUCAGCCUGAUGUGGUUGGGCCGCGGUUCGCGCAGGCCCUCUUCGAGGGCGACUAUUCUGUGUCACAGCGAGCCGCAAUCCUGACAACAAUGGGUCUCGCCGCUCGCGAACUAGCCGGUCUAGACGAUUCUGCAUACGCAUCUGCAGCAGCGUUUCCCUCCCACACACUUCCAGAGCGAGUCCAGAGAUUGUACCUGGACUCUCCACAUCAGACAGACGGCAAAGGCAAUACACAUGACAACCUACGACCCCUCCCACAGAGCGCUUUAGAACAAAUUACGCACAACCUCACCUCGGAUAUGCUUGCUCCCAUGGCAGCCCAGGCGGCAGACUCGGCCACUGGCCCCGAAGUCCUGAAGCUCUCGUCAUUCACCAAGCGUCUGCAACAGCAACAGGGCGCCAAAGGUGGCAAGGCGUCCAGGGCGGCCACGGGAGUGCGCAGCAUACCCAACACUACCGCACAGCUGAUCGCUAGCUCUUUCUUCUUCCCCCUGACAGCGAGAUUCUUAAACGCCAUCCAUGCCAUGUCGGCACGCCUUCGAGGCGUCGUGUUCCAGCCGCUUCUCCUUACGCUCUACAUCAAGACCCUCGCGGUUCUGUUGCAUGCGGCAGGGCCGAGCACGCUGGCCCUGCCCCAGAUGACCUCUGAGCUGUGGGGUCUCUUGCUCGGGAGCUCGAUCCAAACCCAUUGCGUUGGCGACAGCGGGGUCACUCGCGCAGUGCUGUUUGCUUUGCUCACGCUCUUCGAGGUCAACGAGAACCGCAUGAGAGAUCUCUGCAGAGAGCAGGGCAAGGAAGUGGUGCAGACACAAGAGUGGGUUGCGCAGGUCUUUGAGCAGACGCGUGGGGAGGACGGCGGCGAAGAGAACGAAGUCAAGAUGCUCGCGGCGGGCAUACUGAUCCGGUUGCGCGACGGUCUCGAGAAGUACCGGCUGUUGCUCAUGGGAGACAUGAUUUGA